GGAAUGGAGCUGGGCCCCGGCAGCCUGAGCCGGGGUCUGUCACUGUGAUCGUCGCCGCCGGAUGGAACAGGGAAGCCCCGGAACCCUAACCGGGGCCGUAACCGAGCCCCGGCAGAUGGAGCUGGACAGCGGACUGGGCUCCCGGCUCAGGGGCAGAGCCAAGUGUCGAAGCCUGUCCGCGUCCCCCGCCCUCAUCACCAGCAAGGUGUCCAGGCGGACACAGUCACUGCAUGGGCCAAGCCCAGCCACCAAGUUUGGACCAAAAGCUUGCAUGCUGCAGAACCCAAAGGCUGUGAUGCACAUUCAGGAUCCUGCUAGUCAACGGCUGACAUGGAACAAACCCCCCAGGAGUAUCUUGGUCAUCAAAAAGAUUCAAGAUGAUCGGUUACUUCAACCAUUUAAAGAGCUUUGCAUCUUCCUUAUGGAGGAAAAAGAAAUGAUUGUUUACAUAGAGAAGAAAGUACUUGAAGACCCCACCAUAGCCAACGAUGAGAGCUUUGGACCACUUAAGAAAUUAUGCACUUUUAGAGAAGGCUUUGAUGAUUUGUCAGAUCGGAUCGAUUUUAUAAUUUGCCUCGGAGGUGAUGGCACUUUACUUUAUGCAUCAUCUUUAUUCCAGGGUAGUGUCCCACCGGUGAUGGCUUUUCAUCUUGGCUCCCUAGGAUUCUUGACACCAUUCAACUUUGACACCUACCAGUCACAGGUUACGCAAGUGAUUGAAGGGAACGUCGCCAUCACCCUGAGGAGCCGGCUCAAGGUGAAAGUGGUGAAGGAACACCAUCCUGACCAUCAGCACGAACUGGAGGAGAACGGGCUGAUCAACACCAUGUGUGGGGAUGUCCACCCAAGGAGACAGGUCACCCAUUACCAGGUCCUGAAUGAAGUUGUGGUUGACCGUGGUCCUUCUUCGUACCUCUCUAACGUGGACUUGUUUCUGGAUGGACGCCUUAUAACCACAGUGCAGGGAGAUGGGGUGAUUGUCUCGACGCCAACAGGAAGCACGGCGUACGCGGCAGCAGCAGGAGCGUCAAUGAUCCAUCCCAACGUGCCAGCGAUCAUGAUCACGCCCAUCUGUCCGCAUUCGCUGUCCUUCCGGCCCAUCGUCGUCCCGGCAGGAGUGGAGCUGCAGGUAAUGCUGUCUCCGGACACCAGGAAUACCGCCUGGGUCUCGUUCGAUGGUCGGAAGCGGCAGGAGAUCUGUCACGGGGACAGCAUUUCCAUCACUACCUCUUGCUACCCGGUGCCAUCAAUCUGCUUCAGGGAUCCUGUGAAUGACUGGUUUGAGAGCCUAGCUGAGUGUUUACACUGGAACGUGCGGAAGAAGCAGGGUCAACUGCCAGGGUUGAAGGAGAACUGAGCAGGGGCCCUCUCCAAGCCUGGAGAACCGUCCUGGGCUUCUGAACUUCACUAACACCAUUCCGACAAAUCUGAAGAAUUGGACUUUGCCUGGUGUGCCUUGAACACUGAAACAAACUUCAUAGCUCCCCUCUUUCCUCCACAUUUGGUUUUGAUUUGGAACAGUUGAGGUUUGAACACAAGUUGUUGAUGAAGCGUUUGAAACUGUGAGCUUCAUACAAAAAGCGUGAUGUUGUGUUUCUAAUGAUGAUCUCAAAUGUGAUCACAGACUGGAUGUGGAGGAUUUGCAUUGAUAUUUCUCAAACAUCUGCAUCAUAUCAGGAGCUUGGAAGCUACACGUUGAUUGCUUUGUCUUGUCAUAUCAUUCUGGGGUUGGAGUAAGCCCCGAGAUGACAGCACAUCACUGAGGGGUUUUGACUUCGAGUUCAGAGCCCUGCCUGUGGCAGGCACCCCAUGGGAAACGUGGGGUGUGAUGACCUUUCUCCCGCACUCUGUGAGCCCGAGGUUAACCACUGCCACAGACCACCAUGUGUCAAGAGUGUGACACCUCCCCCUAGUCUGCACCUUCUGGCCUCCACAACACUAAAACACCUUGUUGUAAAAUUUGUUGCUCUCAAAGUUUGUGAGCACUUCAAGAAACUGAGGCUACUUUGGUUGUUUGAAGCAAUAAAACACAUAUAUUAUUCUUUAUUGAUUGAAGACGGUGAGGUCAUUAUACCAAAAUUUACUACAAUUAAACAUAAAUCCGUUGAAAUAUUGAGAUCAAAAGAACGUUGCUUUAAGUGCAGCUAAAGGAAAACUCUGCUCCCUGGUCUCAGCAGUUCCUGAUGAUGAAACGCAAAAUGUCUCCCACUCAGUCUGAACGUAACUUCCAUAAGACCAUAAAGAUAUAGGAGCAGAACUAGGCCAUUCGGCCCAUUGAGUCUGCUCCACCAUUCCAUCAUGACUGAUUUAUUAUCCCUCUCAACCCCAUUCUCCUGCCUUCUCUCUGUAACCUUUGAUGCCCUGACUAAUCAAGAACCUAUUAAUUUUGCUUUAAAUAUACCCAAUAACUUGGCUCACAGCCAUCUGUGGCAGUUAUUCCUACAGAUUCACCACAUCUUACUCACUGGAUCUCGAGGUCAAGAUCACUCACUAUAUUAGAGACAGAGUCAUGAGUUAAUCCAUAGGUCAGCGGCUUUUGAACCUGAUUUACAUAUCACCAGCACUGUGACGUAGUGAGUGAGCAAGCCCCUCAGGAAGCAGGGGCAGUUGCACGAUGUUUUGUUUCUGACACCCAGGAAGAAGGAUUGGCUGAGCCUCAGAGCAUCUUGUUGCUUUGUGUGUUGGUCACACUUGGUAGCAUCUGUGGGGAAAACGAAUUCUCGACAUCCGAACUAGGCCUGUUACAGGGUUUUGACCCCAAUUGUUGACAAUUCUGUUCCCUCCAUAGAUGUUGCUUGAGCUGCUAAGUUUCUCCAGCAGAUUGUGUGUGUGUCUCUCCAAAUCCUGAUGUCUGCGAUCUCCCGUGUCUCCAAAACAGUCUCAUUCCUUUUGUUGGCGAUAGUCACCUGGUUGUGGAGAUGGGCUUAUCUUCCAGGUGACUGGACAAGGCUUAAGCCUUCACCCCUCCCGCAGAGGGCACUGACAUCGCUGGAGCUGGAAUUCAUUUUGACCUUCAUUGCAUGUGGUGUUUCUCAAUCCAUCAUUGUCACUUGUGCGGCCAGGGUUCAUGGUGAGAUAGAAAACGUGCACAGAGGAGUGUGGACAAUACUGCUGUUGUGUGUGAGUGUCUGCCUGUCAGUAUGUGAGGGUGUGUCUAUGAGUGUGUGAGUCCUGCGAGAGUCUGAGGGUAAUGGGGAGAGAAUGAAUCUAUCCCUCCCUGGAGGAGGGGUGAGCUCAGAGAGAGAAAGAGAGGGACAUGUCCAGGCUCUGUCCAGUGGAACGUGUCCACAGCAGAGUGGUCAAGGCAGCAUCCCGGGGUUGCUAUUCCAAUCCAAGAACCGGAUUCUGUCUGGACCCUUCCUGUUUUAAUCCACAACAGGAGAGUUGCCUGUGCUUAGCUCCCACAUACCUGCACUCGAGCUUGUGUACUUUACUUACGCCAUCUGAAAAUGGCUGCCUGCUGUGUAUUUCACUCACAGACCUGACCUUUCAAAGGUUUGCUGGUUGAGUCAUCGUUGACAUUGUGCUGUAAAGUAUUAAUUUAUUAAGAAGCUGUGUUUGUCACAAGCAGAUCUCUUUGCUGCCUUGGGUGGAAUGCUGGAAUGUGAGGGGGAUAAUUUUCUGUGUCAACACGUUAUGCAGUAAUUGGAAGGGCACUCCAAGUUAGCCUCUGCGGAAAGUCCACGGCCGCCUCUUCUGCCACAGUGAGGUCACCCUCAGGUCGAAGCAGCAACAUAUACCGUCUGGACAGCCUCCAACUUGGUGGCCUGAACAUCGAUUUUUUUUCCAACUUUCAGUAAUGUUUUUCCCUCCCUCUUCCCCCUUUUCAAUUCUGCACUCUGGCCUCCUCCACACCUGCCUGUCACCGCCCCCUGGUGCUGCUCCUCCUUCCUUUUCACCCAUGAUCCGCUCUCCACUCGUAGCAGAUUCCUGCAUCUCCAGCCAUUUACCUUUUCCACCCAGCAUCUCCCAGCUUCUUACUUCAUCCCCUAGUCCCCACACACCUGGCUUCACCCUUCACCUUCGAGCUUGCCCUCUUUCUCCUCCCUGCACCACCGUAUUCUGGCACCUCCCCGCUUCCUUCCCAGCCCUGAAAAAGGGUCUCGGCCCGAAACAUCCAUUUAUUCAUUUCCAUAGAUGCUGCCUGACUUGCUACGUUCCUCUAGCAUUUUGUGUGUGUUGAUAUUUAUAACCUACCUGGUUCAUUUAAAUCACCAUAGGUUUUUUUAAACAAGAAUUUUUAAUCAGUCAUUCUUAUUUACUUUCCAAGAGCAUCAUCUGCAGCAGACUGCAACCUCUUGCUACUGGGCCCAGUGUAACCAUCCCAAAUAUCAGAAUAUUUACCGGUACCUGGAGAUGUGGUUAAAAUAAACCAACUGCCUCUUGUAAAUAAAUCACUUUAACCUGUGCAAUUUUAUCACAACUGAGUUUUUUAGUUAAGUUAGAUACUGUCGAUUUACAAUUGUGAUACGUAACUGUCGCAGUCUGUAUCAGUCUCUGCUGGGUCCGAUUUGAGAUUUACCAAUUGUGUAGCAACAUGGGAGCCUCUUGACAACCUGUUUAAUGAUGCCCAAUGUUUCUGAAGUUUCCUAUCUAGGAUUUUUACUCGGUUUUGGGUUUUUUUUGGUAACCAAAUAAAAAGUGGAUACAGCAGUAACCAAGUUUAGCCAUUGAACUGGGUGAUAACAAAUUAAGUAGCUUCUGAAUUUGAACUGGGAUCAUGCUUUUUGUUUGAGACUAUGUUUGUUGGAUAAUGAGUAAAAUUGUCACAUGUAGGACACUAUUUUUCAAAUCUUUUACUAAAUAAAUUAACCUGUAUUUUAUAGAA